AUGGCAACUAGGAACGAGUUUGAAGAUGGGUUGAAGAGGAUAGAGGAACUAACAACCAAUGCUGAGCAAAUACAAGAAGAGGUAUUAGCUCAAAUACUAAAGAGAAAUGCAGCAACUGAAUAUCUAAGUCGAUACCUCCAUGGCAAAACUGACAAGUAACUCUUCAAAAUGAAUGUGCCUAUUGUUACCUAUGAAGAUAUUAAGCCUUACAUUGAUAGGAUUGCCAAUGGGGAGCCAUCAAAUAUCCUUUUAGCUGAAUCUGUGUUGGAGUUCUUUGGAAGCAGCGGCACCUCAGGAGGACAGCCAAAGUUGAUACCUGUCACCGCUGAAACUCUUAAACUAUUGCCAAUUUCUUCUGCCCUGUUAACUGCUGUGAUGAAAAAGCACUUCGGUAACUUAGACCAAGCAGUUAAAAGUCAGGAAUUUCAGUUUGCCAAAGAAGAGACUGAAACUCCUUGUGGCCUCAAAGCAAGAGCUGCCACAACAAGCAUGUACAAGAACAAUGACUAUAGGAACAUUAUCUCCAAGCAUCAUACAAGCCCUAUUGAAGCAAUCUUUUGCUCAGACACCAACCAAAGCAUGUAUUGUCAAUUACUUGCUGAUUUAAUACAGCCAGAUGAGGUUGUAAUGGUUGGCUCACAGUUUGCAACUGCACUUCUAAGAGCUAUCAAGUUUUUAGAAGGUUACUGGAAAGAGUUAUGCUCCAACAUAAGAUCAGGUCAAAUUAGUGAUUGGAUCACUGACUCCGGAUGCAAAAAUGCAGCAUCAUCGAUCAUGAAGCCUAAUCCUCAGUUGGCUGAUUCAAUACAUAAGAUAUGUAGUUGUGAAUCGUCGGAAGGAAUCAUCAAAAAGCUAUGGCCUAAUGCAAAGUUUAUUCGUGCCAUUACCACAGGAGUUAUGAGUCAAUAUGUUGAAACACUGGAAUUCUAUAGCGGGGGGCUCCCUUUAGUAUCAAACACGUAUGUUUGUUCUGAAGCUUUUUGCCGCAUCAAUCUAGAACCUCUAAGUGGACCUUCCUAUGUCUCUUACACCUUUCUUCCCACUACGGCUUACUUUGAAUGCCUUCCCGUGAACAAUAACAGUCUAUCAUUGUCUCAAGAGGUUCAGUUUAAUUAUGCUUCUCAACAUGAACCUGUAGAAAAGAAGAGCAAUAAUGAGAAUAUUGAACCUAUUGAUCUUGUACAUGUGAAGCUUGGUCAAUAUUAUGAACUACUGGUCACAUCUUAUGCAAGGUUGUAUCGAUAUAAAGUUGGAGAUGUUCUUAAGGUGACAGGGUUCCACAACAAUACACCUCAAUUCCAAUUUGUAGGAAGCCAAAAUGUUAUUCUAAGUAUAGAUACGGAUAAAACAAGCGAAGCAGACCUGUUAAAUGCAGUGAGAGAAGCAAAGACUCUUCUUGAUCCGCUCGGAUUCAUCUUGACAGGGUUCACUAGUUACGCUGAUACAUGUUCAAUUCCUGGCCACUACGUCUUAUUUUGGGAGCUCAAGGCAAAACAAGGCAACGAUAGCAUAGAGCUUGAUCCAAAGAUAAUGGAAGAAUGUUGCUAUAGAAUGGAAGAAGCAUUGUAUUAUAUAUAUAGAAGCUGCAGGAAGCGAAAUGCAAUUGCAGCUUUGGAGAUUAGGGUAGUAAAACAAGGAAGGUUUGACACACUAAUGGAUUACUAUGUGUCCCGAGGAGUUUCUACGAGCCAAUACAAGACACCUAGUUGCAUUAAGUCUAAAGAAGCCAUAAACAUUUUAGAGUCCAAAGUGAUACGAAAGUUUUUCAGCCCAAAAAUCCCAAUGUAAUAAGUUGUAUGUCCCCUAUAUUAUGAAGGACUCCAAGUCCUCGAAGGACUUUAUU